CCACUUGCAGAGCAGUCCUCGGGCCCAGCUCUGGGCUGAAAAUGCCGGCCCUUCACAUCGAAGAUUUGCCAGAAAAGGAAAAGCUGAAGAUGGAAGUUGAGCAACUGCGCAAAGAAGUGAAAUUGCAGAGGCAACAGGUGUCUAAAUGUUCCGAAGAAAUAAAGAACUAUAUUGAAGAACGUUCUGGAGAGGAUCCUCUUGUGAAAGGAAUUCCAGAAGACAAGAAUCCUUUUAAAGAGAAAGGCAGCUGUAUUAUUUCAUAAAUAACUGGAGAGAAAUUUCAUCCUGAGUAGAAGAACUAGCUUGUUUUGGUUUUCUGAAAUACAACCAAAAUUCUUUUCAAAGAAAGAAAAACAAAAUUUAAAGACUUUCUUAAACACUUCUAUUGAUAUGAUUAUGUAUAAAAACUGUUUCUCAUCUUUGCUAACUACACACCCUUUUCAAGAGGGCAGAGAGUAUCAAACAUACAAUUAUGGAAAUAAGGACAUUACUUGUGCGUGACUCACCUCUUUUCAGUGUAUUGCUUGAUGCCUUAAAUAAAGUUUUUAUCUCUGGAAAA